AUUCCUCUUUUAGAUCCAUCCUCACUUUACUUAAAAAAAUUACCACGAUAUCUAUCGCCUGAACUACUCUUCUUUACUUUUCGUGUUCCGUCUCCGAAUUUGACAUUGACUUUGCUUCCAAAACGAAUCCUUGUCAGUCGGUCACGCUUUGUUUUUUAUGUUUCGAUAAUCUACUCCGCUCAAGUAUCAUUCCAAAAUUGUUUGUUCUGUCCGAGAAAAAUAGCUUGUUCAGCUUGAUAGUUAUAUGGGGUACCUCGCCGUGUGCCUCACGAAAUUCGUGCAGCAGACGGUAGUAGUGCUCCGUGGCUAUCGGUUCUGUGCUGGCCUUACAAUUGGCAUGGUCCUCGCUUUCCUCCUCAAGGAGGAAAUUCUUCUACUGCGCGAGGGCAUAGGGCAGAUUCUCAAUAUUCCCUGGGCUCUGCUGUCCGAUGCCCUCACGCAGUACAAGAAUUUCCUCCUCGAGGAGGAAAGCUGGGACCAUGCCAAUUGCAAUGCCAGCAGUGAGCCCAUAGCCACGGAGCCUUACCACCGGCUGUUGGACGAACUGCCUGGGGCAUACGGCAAGGUCCCCCAGAUAAAUCUUAAGCUGAACAAGAUAUUCCUCAAGCGGCUGGACGAGAGCGACUACCUUCAUUCUCAGAGCGGAGAUUCAACGUGUCUCCCACUCCAGCUGCGACGGAUCACUUUCCAAUUAUGGGUGGACUUCCUACUGCACGUCAACAAACUCAUGGUCGGCACCUGAAGAGGAGGCAUUCGGAAAGGUCAUGUCGGUCAAUGGGGAGCAACAAAAGACGCUGGACGAGAACCGAAACCUGCCCAAGGACCAAGGACUGCAUAAUCAUCAAGUUCCUACAGAAUGCCUAUCACCGGAACAUUUGGGACACGGACAGCUUUUUACUGGAGACCCAACUGUCCACCAGUUCCCGGACAUAUUCUGCGAGCAUCUUCAUCCGAUUCCGGCAGGCCUCCACGGACUGGAUUUGAUGUCUACCGUGCAUAAAGUAUCUUCAGAAUUUGGCUCUCUUGCUCAUCUUUCACAGAGAGUUUAUCCAGAAAGCAAGAAGCCACCAAAACCCCGGCUCUCUCCAUUUCUUCCUUCGGCAUCUUGGAAAACGGCACAGGCUGUGGCCCAUUCGCCAGGCAAUCCGUGAUCUUCUGUAGCUGAUUAAAAGCCAAUGGCAACAAGCUAUUAAUUGA